AACAAAAUUACAAAUCACGAAAUUUCCACUUGUUUGAAAAAUACAACAAUCUAAGCCACGAAAUUUCCCACCUACUCUUUAUCUUUUAUGUUACAAUUCUUACUAGGUACAAGAACAAGUACUACCAAGUGUUAGUGUUAGUGUUAGUGUUAGUGUUAGUGUUGUCUAGUAGUAUAAAUAGGAGAGCAACAAAAUCAAAAAAAUAUCAUCAUUCCAUAAAUUCAGCUACAAAACACUGCAAAACUUAUACCAAGCCACUGCAUUUUUCUAAGUGAUCAUAUUUCCUACAAAUGGGUUCAAUUGAUGCUAGCAAUGUGGCUGAGGGGAACACUACAAUGCACCGCCUUAUCGCGGAGGAAGGCGCGGUGUUGAUGCCCGGUAUCCAAGACGCCUUCUCCGCCGCCAUUUGUGCCAAAACUGGCUUCAAAGCUUGCUUUGUGUCUGGCUUUGGUGUUUCCGCUGCCCUCCUUGGCAUGCCUGAUUUUGGCUUGCUCACGACCACGGAAGUUACACAAGUUACUCGUAGAAUAACAGCUGCUGCCCCAAACUUGUGUGUCAUUGUUGAUGGAGACACCGGUGGCGGCGGUCCUUUGAAUGUACAAAGGUUCGUUAAAGAGUUGAUCGGAGCUGGUGCUAAAGGUGUCUUUCUUGAGGAUCAAGUAUGGCCGAAGAAGUGUGGUCAUAUGCGAGGCAAGACGGUUGUCCCUGCAGAGGAGCAUGCACUUAAAAUAGCCGCGGCAAGAGACGCCAUUGGAGAUGCUGAUUUCUUCCUGGUAGCAAGGACUGAUGCACGAGCACCUCAUGGUCUUCAAGAAGCUAUUAGGCGCGCUAACCUUUAUAGAGAGGCGGGAGCUGAUGCUACCUUUGUCGAGGCACCAGCUAACAUCGAGGAGCUGAAAGAGGUUGUUAGGGAUGUAAAAGGGUUGAGGAUUGCUAACAUGAUAGAAGGUGGGAAAACUCCCUUACACACACCAACAGAGUUCAAGGAAAUGGGAUUCCACUUGAUUGCGCAUUCACUCUCAACACUUUAUGCUACGACCAAAGCUUUGGUUGAUAUCAUGAAGGUUCUAAAGGAUAAGGGAACUACUAGGGAUGACAUGGACAAGAUUGUUACUUUCUCCGAGUUUAAUGACAUGAUCAGCUUAGAGUCCUGGUAUGAGACCGAAUCAAAGUUCAAGAACUUCAUCCCUAAAGCUUGAUUACUAGCCAGCCUAUAUAUACAUGGGAUUUAAAUAUAUGAGGUUGGAGUCACAUAUCAUAUAAUUAAUUUGUUAUCACUUGUUUAAAAAUAUUGUUUAAAAUUAUGCAUUUGAGUAUUAUUGUUGCUUGUUUGAUUUCUGUUAAGUUGUACUCCUGCAGCAAUUGAGUUGAGAGUGUAAUUUUCUUCCUACUAUGAAAAUAAAUGAAGUACUAUUCUUAUGAUUGUUA